UCUUCAUGACGCUACGUCGUGGACGAGAGAAAAAUUAGGGUCAACACCACUGAGAGACAGUAAACGGGUAUAGAAAAUCGCAUUUUGGGUGCAAAAGAGUGCAGCCAGCUUUAAUUGGCUUAUCCAACACAUUCACAAUAAAAUGCGCACUUUCGCUCCUGGGGUAGCGGCUGCUGCCCACAGGCGGACCCCGAGACGUCGAAACUCGACUAUUGCUGUGAUGGUGGAUGGGAUGUCGUGGGUGAAAAAAGUAGCGGGAGAUGCAGUAGCCGAUGCUGUUGCCAAGGAGAAUCUCGAUUGGCAAACGCUGUGUGAAUUAGACACUUUCGGUUGGAAAGAGCUUGGUGCUACUGCUGUUCAAGCGGCUAAGUUAAAUGCUAUGUUGCUGAUAUUGGAUCCGUCGGAAGAGUUGAAGAGUUCCCUGAGUUGUAUGGAGAUGGCAUGAGUGGGGUGACAGAUGAUCAAUCUAUGUCAACGAAAGAGCAAGAUGGUGGUGGAGGAGCAUUCAGAAUUACACCGUCAAUGGGCAACAGAGAGGCUGAUCCCAGUGUAAACACGCCACCCACUGACUUCAUGCUGUGUGCGGGCUCUUCUCCUCUCCUCUGGUACUUCAUGAAGAAAUACGCGAAAGGAGGCGCAGAGCACUACAGCUUUUGGUUUGCGGCUAUUGCCGAAGCGAGGUCAUCUCCACACGAGAUCACGUUGGGCAUGUUGAAACUUCACAUUUCUUAAAAGGCAUGCUUUUCUGUCUUUCUCUAAGAAAUGUUUCGUCAGACUGAAUACCUCGCAGAACCCAAUCAAGCUCUAGUCUAAACAAGCCCUUCACCAUGGUCGUGAUGACCCUGAAGCUCUGUUUUGAUGAAGACCCAGUCACAAAAGAGAAGCUUGCGCCAGAUUGGGCAAAGUAUGCGGUGUUUCCGAUUUCGAUAGGCCUGCUCUUCGGCGUCUUUAUGCCGAAGGUGUUUUGGAUGGUUAUCGGCGCUACAUGGUCAGCUUCAUUCGGCGGUCUGUUUUCCGACACUGAAGUAAGGGCAAAUAGAGUAGAAGCACCGCAAAAAAUCGCUCUAGACAAUAUGAAGAGGUGGGGGUGUAAAGGAGGCUUUUGGCCGUAUGGUUAAUCGAUAUUGUAGUAUGAGAAUGCAGUAUCUUGAAGAACAAGGUUGGUUUCAAAAAUUAUGAUACUGGUCGAGUAGCUCUCCUCAGGAGGUACUACUGCACUGGUUGGCCUCACAAGUAAGUAGACAAUAAUUGCUACAGAAGAGGCACCAUGACAUGACAUUUGGGCGAGGAAGGUGAUUGAGAAAGGGGUGUGGAACGAAGUUGACUCCAGACUCUCUUUCCUUCUAGCUUUGUUUUUGUGUACAUUGAUUAUCGACGUAGAAGUCUUUAGCAGGAGAUCCACCAAGAUCAACGCAGAUAACGCAAAGAAGAAACACAC